UCGACGCCAUGUACGAGGCCAGCCAGUACGUCCAGCCCUGCGAGUACAACACAGAUGACGACGUCGACGAGGACAACUUUGAGUCCUACGUGCAGAGGCAGGUCAAGGGAUUCGAGUCUCGGAUUCUGAAGACAGUGCGGAGGGGAAAGCAUGCUUGCCCCUUCUGUCCCUGCAAGGUGAAGGACGGCGCGCUGGCUUCCCUUGAGAUGCAUGCUAUGGACACUCGCAACAGCGCCCCCGAGUGGCAGGGCAAGGCUGACCACGAGGCACUUGCAAGGUUUCUGCUGGGUCCUCGCCUUCCCCGUUACGGCAGGAUCCUCAAGAGGCGUCGCAACAUCCGAACCUACCAUGCAUGCCUCAGCCCGAUGCUCGCCCCCAUAAAGGCGCCUUAG